AUGGGCACUCACUUAGCAGAGCUACCCGAUGAAGUGCUUCAGACCAUCUUGCAUUACCUCCCUCCAGUCUCAACAGUGGCCUUGCAGAAAACAUGCCGUCGUUUUGCCAAUGUUGCCAAUGAGCCAGUUAUCUGGAAGGCCUAUUGUCAGCGGGAAUUCCGGUGGUGGGACAGCGCGCAUGACAUCGAAGCCAGGUUCGAAGACGCCGCGACCACCGACUGGAAAGGCUUAUAUGCCCACCGCCAUCUCGCCGCUGCUGCCACUCGGCACGGCAUCAACAAGAUCAUCACCGAGGAGGUGGGCCGUCUGGACGUUCUCAAAGAAAUCCUCGACGAAGGCUAUGAUGCAAAGGAUACCUUGUUCGACAUGUUUUGGAAUGCUUCUUCCUCCGAGAACCACCUAGCACAGAAGUAUUGGUGUCACGCAACGCUGGGCUGUCUGCAUCGACUAGUCGCAGCAGAGGAAUGGGCCCAAAUGGACGCUGAGCCAGAUCCAAGAAACGACCAAUACGAAAGACCGCUGGCUGCCCUGGACAUGUUCAUCAUAGACGAGCGCGCCGAAGGAGACAUUGACGAUGUGAUUGCACGACUAGACUCGUACGCGGCAUCAGUGCACGCCGCACACCCAGACAUUGACGACAUGACACCACGACAGAAAGCCAUGGCUGUCGCAGCCCAUUUGCUGGAGAAGAAAUGGGUGGGCAUCCACGACGAUCGCGACUACCAUAGUUUGGACCACAUGUGGCUCGGGGUGGCGCUGUUCAGCUCGAACCGCAACUCGGUGCCUCUGAUAUCAGCAGUCAUCUACUGCUACGUGGCACGACAGUUCGGACUGCACGCGGCGCCAUGCAGCUAUCCAUUCCACGUGCAUGCCCUGGUCCAUCCGCCAGACGGGAUCGACCUGGAUGGCAACCCACUACCGGAAGGAUACCAGUCAGGGGACGACAACGACUUCCACACCAUAGGGACGGACGACUAUCCUUUGACAAAUCUAUACAUGGACCCGUUCCGCAGCGCAGAACCCGUGCCACUCGAGAGACUCCAAACACAACUGCAAUUCAUCAGUCCGCAUUCAACAAGCGACCAGGUAGCAUCAUACCUAUCGGCAGCGCCGCCACGCAGCCUCCUCACCCGCACAGCACACAACAUCCUAGCCGCGCCGUCUCACUACGCAGGAGCCCCACUGCAUCCGAUCGACCGACACCGCGCUACCUACGCGGCACUGUUAUCUCUAGUAAUGGUGCCAGCAACGCACAUGAGCGCGACACACAUACGCCAACAUCUGUCGGUGCUAACGUCCCAUUUCCUCGAGUAUUUCGACCUUGACGUCCAUCUUUUCGAGACAUACAUAUUGCCUCGUGCAUCUGUGCUUCCCGACGCUCGCGCGUACCGGAACCUGCUGUAUCAGCUGAAAGAUUCUGACCACGAAUCCCGCCCGGCAAAGUACCGUUCCGACCCCCGUAACUUCGUGGUCAGGUACUGCGUAGGCCAGAUCUUUCGGCACCGUCGUCGCGGCUAUCUCGCCGUCAUUUAUGGGUGGGAUCCCUACUGUCGCAUGCAGGAGCAAUGGAUCCAUAUGAACCAAGUCGAUCGAUUGCCCAAUGGCCGUCAUCAACCAUUUUACAAUGUUCUGGUUGAAGAUGAGUCGACUCGCUACGUCGCCGAGGAGAAUAUUGUCCUAUUGCAACGUCAUGAGAUUCAAGAGGACAAUAUUAUCGAUGCGUUUCCCAUCGAGAUCGGAAAGUGGUUCAAGCGAUUUGAUGCCCAGUCUGGCAUGUUUGUCAGUAAUGUCCGUGACGAGUAUCCCGAGGAUUAG